CCCUCCCCCAUCGCACAGGACCCCCCGCCCGGCUCGGACCCCGCUGCGCCCCCCCCAACAGGGACUUCCGGGGGCCAGCUUAGAUCCUGCUGCUCCCCUCCCCCCCAAUAGGGAGCCUGUCAGCUGCUGAGAGCUUCCCCCACCUGCAGCACCCACCAGGUAUUCACUUGGGCCCCUGGGUGCCCACUCUGCUUCCAGAAGGUGCUUCCUGUGUUCCCUUCUUCCUAAGUGCCUAGAGGGGACCUGGGGUGCUGUGCCCCUCUGGCAUCCCUCUUGGGUGCUGGGAUUUCCUCACCAAGCUUGUCCUCCCGCGUGACACGCAUAGGGGUUGUCCUGGUUGGCAUUCGCGCCCUGCUUGGGACCUAGAGCAGCACAGUCCACGGGAGGUUGCACUGAGCUAGUUUGUGCCCCUCGGUACUGGAUCCAUCGCAGGGAGAGGAUUCUGGCAUGUACACCCCAGGUGGCUCUGGGUUGCCUGGAGGGCGCAGGCGGAGAGGCCAGAGUGGAGGUGCCCUGCCAAAGCAGCCAGAGAGGAGCCUGGCUUCUGCGCUGCCCGGCGCCCUGUCUAUCACAGCCCUGUGCACUGCGCUGGCGGAGCCUGCCUGGCUACGGAUUCACGGGGGGACCUGUUCCCGUCAGGAGCUGGGUGUAGCUGAUGUACUUGGCUACGUUGAUCCAGAAUUGCUUAGAGACUACUGCAUGAAUCCACAGACAGUCUUGUUGCUCCGGGUCAUCGCUGCUUUCUGUUUCCUUGGAAUAAUCUGCAGCCUUUCAGCUUUCCUGCUGGAUGUUUUCGGACCCAAGCAUCCUGCGCUGAAGAUUACUCGGCGCUAUGCCUUUGCUCACAUUCUCACAGUUUUGCAAUGUGCCACUGUGAUUGGAUUCUGUUACUGGGCCUCGGAGCUGAUUCUUGCGCAGCAGCAGCAGCACAAAAAAUACCAUGGAUCUCAAGUCUACGUCACCUUUGCUGUCAGCUUUUACCUAGUGGCGGGAGCUGGCGGAGCCUCCAUCCUCGCUACUGCUGCCAACCUGCUGCGCCACUACCCAACUGAGGAGGAGGAGCAGGCACUGGAGCUCCUGUCCGAGAUGGAGGAGAAUGAACCUUACCCAGCGGAGUACGAAGUGAUCAACCAAUUCCAGCCGCCUCCUGCUUAUACGCCAUAAUGCUGCUUUCUCCCAGCCCCCCAAAACUAACUGCCCACCUCUUUUUGGGAAUGCACUCCCUUGCCCAUGGAGGCCACUCAACAGUGCCUCACUUCCCAGGCACCUUGCUCACUCUUAUGCUCUUCUACCCACAAGGGAGAGGACUUGCUUUAGAGAGUCAAAUGACCAGCGGUUUCUUCUUACAGAGCCCCCCAAAACCUCCUUGUUUUAUGGACUUUGUUUUGUGAUUUUUAUCUCCCACUCCCAUGCACUGUAUGUACCUGGCAGUGCUGAAAUACUCCCUGACCAAGGUGAUUUCAGCAGCUCUCAACUUCCUGUGUAAUCUCAGAGACUCGUACUGUGCUGCCCCAAUACUCCCACUCACCCACGUACUCACCAGCAUGGUGCAGGAAAUCACACCUGUCUCUGACAUGCAUGUGCAUACCUGGAGGAGGGGUGUGUGUGGUUGGGGGCAGGGGGGUUCCAUAAUCUUGCAUUGUGAUAUUCAAGAUAUCAUUCACACUGGCCCGUAUACCUACAUGGAGGUGAAAGUCACACAGGUACACACACCUGCAUUAGAGGUGAAUUCUACAGUCUUCUGCUGUUGUCCAUGCAAACUCAGUCAAGCCUCUGUAGAGGUGUAACUUAGUGAUAAGCACACCCUGGAGAGGUGUGCUCCAUAGGAGCACCGUGUCACCUAUAUAUAGGUGAAACUCCCGCCACUAUGAACUAGUGUGUAGAGGAGAAAUUCCUUUAUAUCGGUAGCAUACUAGGUGAAAGGUCUAGCAAAUCUGCCACCGCUGCUUUUUCCACUUCCACACUCUGAUUCAUGCUAUUGACACAAGCAUUUUGCACUUUAUUCUCCGAGCUCACGGCCUUCCUUUUUUCCCCCC